GACAGUAAUGGUGGAACGUUUUGCACGAUGGUAAUGCCGCGUGUGCCUAUUCUCGUGAUUCUCGGUGCAACUGGCUCGGGAAAAUCGCGUUUGGGAAUCGAGCUUGCCCAGCGAUUUUCCGGCGAGGUUAUAUCCGCUGACAGCAUGCAAGUUUACAAAGGACUCGAUAUAUUGACUGCGAAAGUAACUCCUGAGGAAAGAUCGAUGGCCCCUCAUCACAUGUUGGACGAGGUCGAUCCUCUGGUCGAAUAUUGCGUCAUCGAUUUCAGAAACAAAGCCCUCCGAAUUAUGAACGAUUUAGUGUCGAGGCGGAAGAUGCCAAUCAUCGUGGGAGGCACGAACUACUACAUCGAGUCACUGCUGUGGCAGAUACUCGUUGAGGAUCCGAAAGAGUCUGGGAACAAGUUUGAUACGAGAAACUCGACGAUUAAGAUAUCGCCGCGGCCGCCGCCGUCCCCGUGUCGUGACGAAUCGUUAACCUCCGUUGUACUCAAUGAGCGCGUCAAAGACCACGCGAAGCUCGAGAACAAUGAAAACGAAGACACGGAUCUUGAUGAAAUUGCUGCCAAACGUUCCAGAAUCGAUCACUCCGCGGAUCCCCAAAUUCUUGAUCCUUUUUUCGUCUCCUACAAAAAAAUGACCUAUGACACGGAUGAAUUUACCAACGAACAAUUGCAUCAAAAACUCACUGAAGUCGAUCCAGAUAUGGCCAAGAGAUUGCAUCCGAAUAAUCGAAGAAAAAUAAUCAGGUCUCUCCAAGUUUUCGAAGAACAUGGAAAAAAGCACUCGGAGAUCUUGAAGGAUCAACGGACGGCCGGCGGUUCUGGUCUCGGCGGACCGUUGCGUUUUCCCGACUCGAUUAUUCUCUGGCUCCAGUGCGAUCAGAGAAUUUUGGACGAACGUUUGAGCCGUCGGGUCGACUCCAUGGUCGAGGCUGGUCUCGUCGACGAACUUUUGGACUUUCAUGCCCGUUACAAUGAGAAUCGGCUUAAAACCAACACGUCACCCGAUUAUACUAAAGGGAUUUUUCAGUCUAUUGGCUUCAAGGAGUUUCAUAAUUAUCUCGUAUUACCCCAAGAUGAGAAAAACAGCGACAAGGGUGAACAGCUGUUGAAGCAGGGAAUCGAUGAUCUGAAAAUGGUUACGAGACGAUACGCAAGGAGACAGCAAAGGUGGAUCAUGAAUCGUUUUAUACGACGAAUCGACAGACCGGUGCCACCUGUCUACGGUCUCGAUUGUACGAAUGUCGAGCAUUGGAAUUCUCGUGUCCUCGAACCAGCGAUCGCAAUCGUUGAGGCGAAAUUGAGAAACGAAGAGCCAAACUUGAGGCCUCUUAAUGAGAACAUUGACGUGGGUAAAGGAUCAGACGCCAGUAACGAAGAAAGUCGUUGGUGUGAGACUUGCGAGAAGAUUUUGAUCGGUGAUUUGCAAUGGAAGGCUCAUAUGGAAGGCGCGAAACAUCGACGAGUCGCACAGAAAAAGAAGAGACUGCAGAUGGAAGCGGCACUCGAAGAAAAAACGUCCCUCGAAACUGAAGCAGAAGCGACUGCAACGUAAUACUCAGCUACGCUUUGUAUACAUGUGUACAAACCUGAUUAUUCCUCCAGACCGCACAUUGGACAGAAAAUAUAUCUUUUAUUUUAAA